UGAUAAUAUGAAUAUUAUAACCAUCAUUUAACACCUUUAAUCACCGCCUACCACCAGUUACCAUCCUAUAACCAUUGACUCCGUUGCCGGCAAGGGAAUAUCCGGCGAGAAAAAAAUAAGACCGUUAAAGAGAGAAGGCACCAGCAAAAACCCUCCCCUGCUCCAACGGCUACUUCUCCAUUCAAACCAAAGAAUACUCACUCCCCAACUUUCGUCGUCCCUCAGACAAAGAAAUCAAUCCUCUCAUCGUCGCCUCCUUUUCUCUCCGAAAUCGAAUCCCUUCUUUUUGUUUCUGCAAUCAAGAGAUCAAUCUAACUUCGCCCGUUCGUCUCGGGAUAUCUCAAGAUUACUGACAGAGUUCUGUUCGCCCUCUGAAGAAUGGAUCUGGGAUGCUUGGACUUAGGUUGCCUCGAUAAAGUGGCCAAGCACGGCGGUGGCGACGCUAGGAGCAGUCCUGGUUCAGAUGGAGGUGGAUCUGAUUCUAGCGGGCAUCUCACUUCUUCGGGUUCCAAGUUCGGCAAGAGAAAUUCACCGAGGGGGAGUGGCCAGUCAUCACCAACUGCUCUAAACAAAGUCACGUCACAGAUUAAGAAGCCUAGUCGCCGUAAGACUAGCCCACUCAACUGGUUUCCUCGCAAGAAAGUGGACUCGUACUUGAAGAGGAAAAUUCAAAUGCUGCAGGAAGUUGAUGGGAUGAAACAGACUCUGGAUGAGACCCUUGAGGAUUCCAAUCCGCACUAUUGCAGAGUGCUCCGAGAAAAAAUGGCAGCAAGAGAGGCUGCAAGCAAGGUCAUGGAGGCUCAAAAGGCUGCAUUGGUCGAGGCAUCUUGGUGCCGUACACUUCAGGCAGCUAGGAUUCAAAACAAGGAAGCAGAAGACCUACUCGCAAAAACAGAAAAGGCUGCUGCCGAAGCUUUUGAAGCAGCAACAGCUGUGGGAGUGAUCAUGGAUGAUAUGCCAAGUUGCCCUCAAAAUGCUUCGUUAUUUGCACCCUCUACAACAACAAACAAGGCAGGAUCUACUACUACUGGUCAUACUGUCAAAGCAUCUUUUGAGACGGCAUUUGAUGUAGACAAAGAAGUAGCUGCAGCCGUUAAAGUUGCAUUUAUCAGGCUUGCCGCCACUUGUCCGCCUUCCGAGCAAGAUGAAUUCAGAGAUUUGUUGCAGAAGAUUAGUCAGAAUCCGGAGAGUAGUGUUUAUGAAGGAGAACAAGAAGACUUGAAAGAACUCGCUUCAGAGUCCGGAUCAGAUUCUGGCUUUGAACCCAGGUCUGCCUCUCCAAAGUCGAGUCAAAAGAAAAAGAAGAGACAGUCGGUGGAGCUUGUCAAUAUGAUGCUUGACAGGCUUAAAUCCUUGAAAGAAUAUGAGCUGUCUUCGCUUGCAACGAUAGUUGCAACUUGUGGCUUAAGUGCUGCAUUGGCAGAAGUCGAGAGCACUAAGCUACAGCGUGAUCAUCGCAUCUCAACUGAAGCUCUCAGUGCUCCUCGAAGGCUAUCUUCAGUAGAUGCAGGAAAGAAGCAAGGCGGGUCAGAACUCCCCAGCCUAGACAAGUUUCUGGUAAAGCACAUGUCAAAACUUGAGAAGGAAGUUGAACAAGCCAAGAAUAACAGGAAGAAAGAGGCGGAAGGAGCAAGAGACGCGUCGACUAAUGAUGACAAGAAUGGAAAGGUGCAGUUAGAUAAGAAAGCAAGUGCAUGCGACAUUGUUCCUGACCUAGGAAGUAUUCUUGUCAAGCACUCAUCCAGGAUUGAGAGAGAGAUUCAAGAAGCGAAGAGGAAUUCAGCUAAGGAUUACGAUUACAAAACAGCCCGCAAGAAACCGGUGAAUGAAUGGGAUUCUUCAUGUGAGGUGAUCCCUGACCUAGCAAGCAUAAUGGCUAAGCGUCCAACAAAACCAGAGAUUGAAAAUCAAGAAGCAAGACAGGACUCUGAAAAGUUAUCAAAGUGGGUUGUUAACAGGCCAAAAGCAGCAAGUAGUGUCCCAGGCGUGCCUAGCUUGGAUGAGGUUCUUGUUAAGCAUGUAUCCAGGCUUGAAAAAGAGGUCCAAGAAGCAAAAAAUAGGAGUCGAAUAAAUGAAAUGGCAGAGCAAGAGAACGUUGACUUCAACAAAGUAGCAACAAUCUCGUCAGAUUCAGAAUUUGAAGGCAAGACGAUGUGGACUUCUCCCAACUUGCAAGAAGACAGCUUAGAGAAGAUAUUGAUCAAGCCUGUGAGCAGAUUGGAACGGGAGAACACAAUGCAGGCUAAGAAUAUGAGAAGUGAAUACAACAGAAUCCAAAGUAAGCAGCAGCAAGCACAAGCUGGCAGAAUUAGGGCAGCAGAAGAAGGGUUGGAGAAAGUCUUGGUAAAGCAUGUGUCUAAGCUAGAAAGAGAGAAAAUGGAAUCACGUUUGAAGGAAGAUGAUGUCAAGGUGGUGCAGAGAAGAGGCAGAAAUUUGCAGCAAGCACAAGAUGACAGAAUUGGGGCAGCAGAAGAAGGUUUGGAGAAAGUCUUGGUAAAGCAUGUGUCUAAGCUAGAGAGAGAGAAAAUGGAAUCACGUUUGAAGGAAGAUGAUGUCAAGGUGGUGCAGAGAAGAGGCAGAAAUUUGCAUUUGCAGCAGAGAAGUGAAGAAGGAAGUCUGGACCAAAUUCUGGUUAAACAUAAAUCUAGACUGGAGAAGGAGAAGAUGAGCGCUUUCGAAAAGGAAUCAGGAGAACAUGCAAGAGUCGCAGUCUCGUCUUCCAUGUCUCGAAGAGAAGUGAGGGAGAAGGAGUUGGAAGAAGCAUGGGGUGGAUUAAGUUUUGGCAACUCCCUCAGGCCACAUUUCUCCAAGCUUCAACGGGACAAGGCUGCUUGGAUAAAAGCUGAUGAAGAAGAAAGAAGGCAAGUUGUGUAGACGUGUAGUGUAAGAAGCUGUGUAAAUUUCUUCAAAAGCUGAGCUUGAUCCUGGGCCAGAGUUGUUGUUGUUGUGGGAUAUGAAGUGUAAAAGUGUCAAUAGCUGCUUUGAUAUUCUUUUCUUUUUUCUUGUAGCGGGGAAGAGUGCUUUCUUCCCUGCACUAACUUUUGGGCCUAUGUAAAACAAACAGGAAGCUUAGUGCAUGAAGCUUGAAAUGGAACUGAAUAUGAGUAAUUUGUUCUUCACUUUACCUUACCAUCACUCUCUACUCUCAGGGGGUGGCUUUCUGUUUCUGAGUGGAGGAUUGCUUCUUUCCUGCAUCUAAUGUAAUGUUGGAAAUGGAAGCAAAUACUUGUGUUUGUAAAUUCUAAAAAUCAAAGUAUUUUUUUUUACUUCUUAACUAUUUAUAGAGACAAAUAUUUUUGUUUGUGAUAAGUUAUUAUUGGCUAUUAGCCAUCAGCUUUGUGCUAUGUAAGGUGGCGCUCUCGACGAUGACGAUCAAGUUAGAGAUAGAAUAAGAAAAGAAUAUUUGGUAAGAGAAUAAGUACUUGAAAGUGGGUAUUUAUAGUCGAUUUGGUGGUGGUUCGACGUGCAAUCUGAAGAAUUAUGUCUUUGAUGACAUUUAAUGUUGUGUCAGUAGGCCCCGUCGCCCCGAGGCAUCUGCCUCAGACGGUCUUCACGCCUCGAUAAUGGUGAUCAUAUUGUCGGUUUUGGAUUUCCAAUUAUGCUUUGUCCUUUCGACUGUUUAGUGGGCUUCGCUUGAUAGGCUUUUAGGUCAAAUGGGCUAACCCUAUGACCCAACAACAUUUGAGAUAGAAGAUGAAAAGCAUGUUUUCCUUGCUUGUCCUUCAUAUAUAGAUAAGUGUUUGCGAUUUGUUAUGUUGGGUUGCUACCUUUCUUGUGUGAAAACUCAGGUUCCCUUUUUCGGAAAGAAGUAUCAACUGAAAUCUGGUCAUGGUGUUAUGGCUGAAACCUAUUGUUUGCCUGUUUGGUGCAUCUUCCAAGCUUGAUCAAGCUAGUGUGUCCGAAUGGUCUUUGCUCAAUUGAUCGCAUUUUUUAAUUUUUGCAAUAUGUUGAUGGCCGGUUGGUGGCCCCCCUCAUGUUGGGAUUGAUAAGACUUUGUGCAAUAUACUUUUGAAUCGUAUGUAUUAUACGUAGAGAGAGCCAUCUAGGGAGCCAAUUAGGGAGAGAUAACUAUGAGUAAUUACAUGCCAUGAUUUGAGCCAAUUCAAAAGAUUUCAAUUAUGAUUUAUCUCUAUUACGCCCCAUGCAAGAUGGAGGUAGUGUCAACAACUCAAAUCUUGAACCGAAGAAGAAGAAAUCAGGAUUGUGCAUUGGCUUUGUGAGGGUAUAAGCUAACUGAUCAAUAGUAGAGAUAUGUUGAACUCGGAGUCGACCGGCUUGAGCGAGUUGGCGUACAAAGUGGUAGUCAAGAGCUAAGUGUUCAUACGAGAGUGAAACACGAGAUAGGCACUGAAGUAUGUGGCUACCAAAUUAUCUUAGUAAAUCACAACUGUUGUGGCAGUGGGUUGAUGUAGUUCACUAAAUAAGUUUUGCACCCAUUCUAGUUUUGCAGUGGCUUGGGCAAUAGUGCAAUACUAUGCCUAUGUGCUAAAGCGGGCAACCGUGUGUUGUUUUUUGGAACGCCAAGAGAUAAGACUGACAGCGAAUAGAUAGGCCAAAAUGCAUGGUCUCACGGAGAAAGCAAAAAAUGCGCUUCACACACUGCAGUGGAUGGUGGUAGGAGCGUGCAUAAAUUGUGAUAACUCUUUGACGACAAAGGCAAUGUAUGGUCUGGUGUACACCAAAUAUUGAUGGGCCUCAAGAGCUUGCCAAUAUUGAGUGACAUCGGCUGCCAUGAUGAAGAAGAAUGAUCAUGGUCUCAACAAGAUGACGAUGCUUUCGCCUUGCUAAACCAUUGUGUUCCGGUGUGUAUGGAGGGGUGAGCAAGUGACUUAUGCCAUGAGAUUCAAGAUUAAAAUGAAGUUUGGAAA